GUUGUUCUACAUUCACCAUUGCCUCCUUUUCCCUGAUGUCGUCUGGGACUGAAUCGAAGAAGAAGAAGAAAGCCUCCGAGGUGGAGGUCCUUUCAUGGCAGCAGAAGAAGGAGCUAAUCGACAAGGAAGAAGAUUCCAUGGAAAGAGAAGUGGAGGAGCUUAUCUCAUGGACAAAUAUGAUAGAAUCCAUGGAUGAUAACCAACUAAAGGAGUAUCUGCAAAACAGGCCAGAAAGCUUGAAAAGUGUGAAGAUAGGGAAGGUUGCUCCGGGCAAAAAGGUGAAAAGGAAUGCAAAAACCGGGUCUUCAGCCUCUUCCUCUCAAGGACUAAUGGCUUCAAUUUGGAAGUUUCAUAAAGAAGAUGACGAAGAAUCUUCUAUGGCAGUCCGCUGACAGGAAAGAGAACAUCUGAAAUCCCUCUAGUAGUCUAUCUUUUGUUAUAAUUCUGAUAUAUAACAUUCCAUCUGAGAUGCCUUGUAUUUGUUUUAUGUGAUCUUCCACCUCAUUUGACGUUCUUAGUGCAUUGAAAUCAUGUAUGGACGCAAGUAUACUGUGCGUCUCCAUUUCAAUGAAAUGGUUGAUACCU